AUGACUGCUUCUGUAAUUGACCUAAGGCCUUUACCAAACAUGACAUCAGAACGAACGGAAACGAAUCAUCAACAUCAGUCAUAUCGUAAAUUAGGUACUCAUGCUUUGAACAAGACUGAUGAACAUUGUCGUUCAUUGUUCAAUCUUUUACCAACAUCACUACGUCCUCGUCAUUAUUAUCAUCAUCGUCAAACAUCGAAUAAAAAAGGCGUUGAUGCAUCAACAGCAACGCAACCAUCAUCAUCAAACGAUAUUAUUCGUACUGAUUACGAUUCUGGUUAUAUGUCACAAAGUCUUCUAAAUCGUACAUCAUCUUAUGCAUCAUGUUACUCAGCUGUUGCAACAAUAAUGCCAAUAUCAUCAGUAACUCGACAUGGAUCAAUUGAAAGUUUAUUACAUGGACAUUCAAAAUCAAAUCCAGCAAAUAUACGUAUUAUUGUGCAAAAAAAAUUUGAACCAUUUGCUCAAGCACAUAUUGCAGUUACAAAAGACACAAUUGUUACAGCAUUAUUUUCACGUGGACCAUGGCUUUAUGUACGUAUAGAUUCAAAUGGUAAAACAGGUUAUAUUCCACGUAUAAUAUGUUCAUUAUAUGAUAAUCAAAUGAUUACAGCAAAUAAUUUAUCAAUAUCAUCAACAGAUUCAUCAUUUAGUAAAGAUGAAGAAAUAAAUAUCGCAAAAAUAUCUUCAAAAAAUGAAAAAGAUUUUCAUUAUUCAUAUAAACAACCAAUAAAUCGAUAUUUAUCACAUAGUUCUGCUAUAAUUAAUAAUAAUAAUAAUAAUACAAAUCAACGUAUAGGACAAAUAUCUUUUGAUGAACGUGAAAGACGUAAUACAUAUACUUUACCAAGACCACCACGAUCAAAUUUAUCAUCAUCAAAAGAUCGUCGAUUAACAGUUAGUUCUAUUAAUUAUCCUUCAUUAUCAAAUAAACAACCAUCAAUUAAUAUAAAUAAUGAGACAGCAACAACAUCUACAACUAAUAAUAAUAAUACUAUAAUAGCAACACGUGAUACAGAUUCAUCAAGUACACAAGAUUCGGGUUAUUCAGAAUCGACACCUUUUUUUCUUGUACAACAACCAACACCAGAUAAUGAACAACCACCAUCACAUCCAAUAAUAAAUACAUCAAAAAAACCUCUUUCAACACCACAUUAUGCAACUGUUCGACGUUCAGCAUUUCUUAAAAUUCCGGAUUCAAUUAAUCCAAGUCAACCACAUCAAAAACAAUUACAUUCAACUCGAAAUCAUCGACAUACACUUCUCAAUGGUAUAUCAAUGAAUGAUAUGAUUAAUAAUGAUUCAUCUAAACGUCAUACAUUUGGUACAUUUGAUAGAAAUAACCAUAAAGAUAUUUCAAAAGAAAAUUUAAAUUCAAAAAUAUCAACAAAUAAUUCUGUUAAUCGUUUACGUGAUUUUGCUUUAAUAAGAAAUGUUCGUCAAGAUAAAUCACAAUCACAACAAAGAAUUCGACCGUCAAUAUAUAAUUUACCUAAAAGUCAUAUACAAAUUCCCGCGAGUAUUUUUUUAAAUCAUCAUCGACAAAAACAACAAUUCGGAAGUUCUCAUAGUGCUUUUCGACCUGUUCAACCAACAACUAAACAUAAACGAGCAUCAAGUGAAGGUCAUUCACCAUCAAUAUCAACAGCGUCAUCAUCAUCGUUAUCACCAUUAUCAUCAUCAAAUUCAUCUUUAAAUGUUGAAAAACAUUUUUCUAAACGAAGACGUUUAUCAUGUGAUUUACCUGUUCCAUUAUUAUCAAAAUUAAAUUCAAAUAGUUUAACACGUUCUGUAUGUGAUCAAUCAUCAUCAGUAAAAUUAAAUCAUUUUUCUCGUACAAUGAGUGACAUAUUAUGCGAUCAAUUUAGUGAAAUAAAUAUUGAUGCAAUUGAAAAAGAUUCACUUAUUCAUCAUCAACCAAAAAAAAUACAAAAUUCUAAACAUUGUUUAUUUACAAUAAUAAAAGAUUAUCGUAGUUCACGUGCAUCAUUUUCAGUACAACGUGGUGAUUGUGUUUAUAUACUUAAACAAAUUGGACAAGCAUGUUAUCUUGUUCGAAAACAAACUAAUGGACAAAUUGGAUUUUUACCUAAAACAUUAUUACAACCAGCAACAUCAACACGAGUUGAUACUUUUCUUGAAACACAUGGAUUUCGUGAGACGGUUAUUUAA